AUCGUUUGAAAUCACCGCCAGUGAUUUAACAUUUGUCAGAAGGAAGAGAAAACAUCGAAGAAUAGCUCAUCAAGAAGUGACGAAAACGACAGUGACGUUUUGAACGUCGCUGUGAGAUCAAACGUCAGAAGCGGGGGAAAGCGAGUGCAAGUGCACAAACGGGACGGUGGUGGUGUUCAGGCAGGGAGUGCGGGGCCGGCAAAGCCUUGUGACGAAAACGAAGGAUUAGAUGGUGGAGGUGCUCGGGGGCCGGGCUAGGGAGCCUACGGGGCCGCACAGGGCACCUCGCACCUACCCAGGGCCAGUGCAGCUGCAGGUGCGCCGUGUGGGCCCCCGCAAGGACAUAAAGGUCACCUCUGUGGCCCAGAAAGACUCGAAGAGACACGGAAUUUGUGUCCUUGAAACGAGCUCUGAAAAGGGCCAGGUACGUCCCAAGCUCAUCGCGCGGUACGUACAAGGCGCGAAGAACGAGAAACUCCCGUCGGAAAAGAUUGAUCCGACGGGACAGGACGAAACGGAGAAGGAGGACGAUAGUCCUAGUGGACGGCCGUUCGCGGCCAGAUUCAAGUACAAGUCGGAGCCCGAUCCGGGCUCCUGUGUAAGGAGCGAGGCUGGCGAGCGCAAUGUGGCAGAGCGGCGGCAUGGGCACCCAUGCGGCCAACAACCCGUGGAUGAAGUUAAUGGGCAUCGUCCACAAAGAACGGAGACAUCACGACUCGGGGUCCACCGCCGCCGCUGCCGCUUCUGGAGUGCAGGGUUCAGCGACCACCGGCAGCAACGAUCGGACGCUCAAUCAAUGGGCGAUUUCUAUAAGCAGUUUUAUCUCGCCAAGGAAUUUCAGCGAUGGCGGAAAGACGUUGAGGAAUGCCCUUAUGCCUAG